AUGGUUUCAAUUUUGAAUUUAAUCAAAUGUAUUAUUAUAAUGACAAUAUUUUUUUGUUGUCAAUAUCAAGCAAGAAUCAUCAGUGAUGAUAACAAUGAAGUAAGUGAUUUCAUUUUUGGUGAUGAUCUUCGUGAACAAGUACCUAAUCAGCAAGAUCAGUUUUAUCAUCAAUUAGUUCAACGAGCUUCAUUACGUUAUCAUCCACAUGUUCUUUAUAAAAAAGCUAGUCUUAAACCAAUUAUUGGUCAACAUGGAACACUUACAUUUAACAAACGUGAUGAUGAAUGA